UUAAAGUCUGUCAAUUCAUCUGCAAAUGAAGUGCAUAGCAUCCCAUCACUACACCAUGGCACAUUCAUUAGCCCCAAGAUUACCAGCUGCUUCAAUCUCAACAUCACCAAAGAAGAAUGCCCUUCUCCCUUCUUGCUUGUGUUUCCACAAGGUAUUGUCUUGCCAACAAACCUCUGCUGAAGGUCUAGGGCAAAAACUCGUCACUCGCAGGAGUGUUGCAUUGGGGUUGGGAGGCGCGGUGUUGGGAUUGAAGGCGGGGGAGGGGAGCGCUAAUGCAGCGGCGAGAAGGCCUCCGCCGCCACCAGUAGAGGAGAAGAAGGAUCCGAAUGUGAGUGGUGUGAUGGCCAAAGUGUUGGCUAGCAAGAGAAGGAAAGAGGCCAUGAAAGAAUCCAUGGCAAAGCUAAGAGAGAGAGGGAAGCCUGUUGUUCAGAUUCAGGAGCCUUCAUCUGAAUAGAUGUCUCUGUGGCUCUGUGCUCAAUUCAUAUAUGUUAGGUUCUCCUACAUAACAUCUUUAAUUGAUCCUUCAAACUCUUGUAUCAAUUAAAAUUCUCUGGAGAAGGGGAAUUUAGACCUUGCAAAGAGGCCAUAAAGUGUGACAAUUACGAUGUUGUUGCAUAUGUUUUCUGGAGUUAGUGUUUUCGUUUCAACUUCCUAAUAUUAUAUUAUUUUUAAUUGAAACUAA